CGCUGCGGCCGGGGUCGGGUCGCGGGCCUGCGGCGUCUCGGUCGUUGCCCGAGCCCGCCGCGGCUCCAGCCCUGGGAGGAGCACCUCCCCGGAAGGCGGGGCGAUGCCGGGGAACCGGCAGCCGAGGGUACGCUCCGGGAACGAGCCUCGUCCCGCGCCCACCAUGGAGCCGGAGGGGCGCGGGGCCUGGGCCCACAGCCGCGCCGCGCUCGACCGGCUGGAGAAGCUGCUGCGCUGCUCGCGUUGCACUCAUAUUCUGAGGGAGCCUGUGUGUUUAGGGGGGUGUGAGCACAUCUUCUGUAGUAAUUGUGUAAGUGACUGCAUUGGGACUGGAUGUCCAGUGUGUUAUACCCCAGCCUGGAUACAAGAUGUGAAGAUAAAUAGACAAUUGGACAGCAUGAUCCAGCUUUGUAGUAAGCUUCGGAAUUUGCUACAUGAUGAUAAGCUUUCAGAUUUGAAAGAAGAUACAUCUAGGGAAAAUUUAUUUAAUGAUGCAGAAAAUAAGAAGAAUUCAAUAAAAAUGUGGUUUAGUCCUCGAAGUAAGAAGGUCAGAUAUGUCAUGAGUAAAGUUUCAGUGCAAACCCAGCCUCAAGUGAUAAAUGAUGAGAAUGCUCAGCAGGCUUCCAUGUACGAAUUUGUUUCUACAAGUCCUCCAGCAGGUGUUUCUGAGAAGGCUAAAAAGGCUUCUGCAAGAUCUGGAAAAAAACAGAAAAAGAAAACUUUAGCUGAAAUCAACCAAGAAUGGAACUUGGAGGCAGAAAAAGAAGAUGGUGAACUUGACUCCAAAGAGGAAUUAAAGGAAAAGCUGGUGUCCUUCUGCAGCCAGCCGUCUGUUAUCGCUAGUCCUCAGACAAGUGGUGAGAUAGACUUACUAGCCAGUGGCUCUGCCGCGGAAUCACAGGGUUGUAGCAGCCUAACUGAAGUCUCUUUACCAUUAGCUGAGCACAUAGAGUCCCCAGAAACGGAGAGCAGGAAUGAAGAAGUGACUCCCGAGAAGAAGCUCUGUGCGAAUCCUCGUCCAUCUAAGCAGUGCUUGCUGUCAGGUCCCGGUGGGCGACGUGGGUGUCGCAGCAGACGGUCCAGUCCCGUCCCUAAGAGAUGCAGGAGCAGCAUUCCUGGCACCAGCAGACAGUACAUAGUGCUUUCAGAAAACAAACCAUCGCCUGGCUGCCCCUCACCACCCUCAAACAAACUCAAAGUUGGUGACACAUUAAGGAGGAGAAAGAGUAAUGUAUCAGACAAGUCCAUGAGCCUCUUACCAGGUACGCCACCUUCUGCACUGAACAAUCCGAGUUACAGACGGAUGAUGUCUAGCCCCUCAGCAGCGAAGCUGUCACCCAUUAGCCUUAUGGCUGUGAAAAGAAAUCAUAGAGGAGAGACUCUGCUCCAUAUUGCUUCCAUUAAGGGCGAUGUACCUUCUGUUGAGUACCUCUUACAAAACGGAAGCGACCCAAAUGUUAAAGAUCAUGCUGGAUGGACACCAUUGCAUGAAGCCUGCAAUCAUGGGCACCUGAAGGUAGUGGAGUUGUUGCUACAGCACAAGGCGUUGGUGAACACCACUGGCUAUCAGAACGACUCGCCGCUUCAUGAUGCCGCCAAGAAUGGGCACCUGGAUAUAGUCAAACUCUUAAUUUCCUACGGAGCCUCGAGGAACGCUGUUAACAUAUUUGGUUUGCGACCUGUGGAUUAUGCAAAUGGUGAAAAUAUGAAAUCACUAUUGCUGCUGCCAGAGAAGAAUGAAUCAUCAUCAACUCGCCAUUGCUCAGUAAUGAACACUGGUCAGCGUAGGGAUGGACCUCUCGUGCUUAUAGGCAGUGGGCUUUCUUCAGAACAACAAAAAAUGCUCAGUGAGCUUGCAGCAAUUCUUAAGGUUAAAAAAUGUGCUGAAUUUGACAAUACAGUAACUCAUGUCAUUGUUCCUGGGGAUACAGUUCAAAGUACCCUAAAAUGUAUGCUUGGGAUUCUCAGUGGAUGUUGGAUCUUAAAAUUUGAAUGGGUGAAAGCAUGUCUACAGAGAAAAGCAUGUGAACAGGAGGAAAAAUAUGAGAUUCCUGAAGGGCCACAGCGAAGCAGGCUCAACAAGGAACAGCUGUUGCCAAAGCUGUUUGAUGGAUGCUACUUCUAUUUCGGGGGAACCUUCAAACACCAUCCAAAGGACAACCUUAUUAAGCUUGUCGCUGCAGCUGGGGGCCAGGUCCUUAGUAGAAAGCCCAAGCCAGACAGUGACGUGACUCAGACCAUCAAUACAGUUGCAUACCACGCGAGACCUGAUUCUGAUCAGCGCUUCUGCACACAGUAUAUCAUCUACGAAGAUUUGUCUAAUCAUCGCCCAGAGAGGGUCCGGCAGGGCAAAGUCUGGAUGGCUCCUUCCAGCUGGUUUAUUGAUUGUGUGAUGUCCUUUGAGUUGCUCCCUCUUGACAGCUGAAUAUUGCACCAGAUGAACGUUUCAAAUUGAACUCACACUGUUUUGAUCAUUCACAUUUUUAUAAUAGGUAGACUCGUUCAUACAUAUUUUUUCCUUGAAUUAAAAACAAAACAAAACUUGAGCCAGACUUAGAAUUCAUUCUCUGUUUACCAUUUAGAUGCUGAAAUUGCUUUGAAGGAUUUUUCUUUUUAAAACUGGUGUAUGUUUUGAUUCAUCAUGUCUUUUUAUUCAAAUUAUCAGCUAUCAAAGAUUAAUGAGGGAGUACCAGAACUAUUGGUUAAAUAUACAAGCAGUAUCAUUACUCUCUCAGCCUUUUAAUGUUCUUUGAUGAAAAUAAUCCACACUUGCCACCAGCAAAAAUACUUCCCAUCCUUAGUAAACAAAGAAUAUUGUCAAAUAAUUGAUUCUGGCUUUAUUGUAAUAGAGUACCUGGUCUGAAUGUACCACCAUAGGUGUUAAAUUCUUCUGUCUACAAUUGUCUUCAUCUUACGUUGUGUUUAGUUUCUUAUAAUUUACAUGGCUGUUAGUUCCUACGUUUUUAUCCCUUCUUUUUAUCUUCCGUAUUCAUCAAGAAAUCAUGAUUUAAACCAUAGCAUUUUUCUUCGGUGGUGAAAAAUCAACAUUGGACUCAUGGUACAUAUUUUUAUUGUAUAUACUUGCUUAUUGUUAGCUAUCAAUUUGUGACUGUGUUUAUCUACAGUGUAUGUACAUAUACAUAGAGCAUUUUCUCUAACAAAUUUUAGUAUCAGUAUUCCUUAGAAGGUCUCACCAGAUUAGUAAGUUGUCAAUCAGAUGUUAAUUAAAUUAGGGCUAGUCCUUUUUCCAGUAGACCUCGCUACAUAUUGCUAAAAUAAUUGUUUUUGAAGGUCUUAAUUUCUUCUUUUGUGAAGAUUUUAUUUUUCCAUUUUUAGAUUGCUGUGGAGGCAGAAGUUGGGAAUUAUCUGAUUAGAAAAGAUUUUGUCCAGGUGGUACAAAAGGCCAUCACAAUAAGUCUAAAGGCAGGAGUAGGAAGGGCUGUCUCCUAAUACAAGACCACAGAGUAGGAGACAGGACGCCGCCUGAGCCUGGGGAGUCCUGGGGAGGUUACUCUGAUUGGAGUGUUCUUGUUUGUGAAUGAAUCGACAAGGUAAAUUAGAUCAUUUAAAAAUAUUUGUAAGAAGAAUUCUUUAAUAAGUCUUCCUAGAAACUGAACAUAGUUCUAUGAAAGACAUGGGAAGGGAUACACUGAGAGACCUGCCAGGUUUGGUCUCUGUUGGGCUGGAGAUUAGUGAAGCACUGGAUGAGAAUACUGAGAGUCUGAAGUGAAUGAACAUUAGUAAGAUUCAUUUAUUUGUAAGUGUGAGAUUCUGCUGAUUAUUUCGAAAUAAAUCUUAUUGUAAUUCCUUCUCUCACAUGUCAUGUUUCCAUAUCAAGAAACACAUUAUGUAAACACACUGAUACACUGGGGACCCUGUCCUUCACGGAUGAAUUAGCUCUGCAACCCUCUCCAACCAGUCAUGUCUUUGUCCCACAUUUCAUUCUAAUGGAGAAUGAUGAACACCAUAGCACCAAGCAAAUCUGAGGGGUUAGCUAAUGUCUGGAUUAAAUAAUUUAGGACUCUCUGGGAUUUCGGUUUGUCAUUUUUGAUUUAUAACUGACUUGUGGUCACUCUCUAUUGCCUCAUCGGUCACAUUCCUAGACAGGUUUGUGUCUGUUCCUCCGAUUUGAAUCCCUGUUUGUAAAACAACUUUGGGGGUUGCUGCCCACUCUCCUUCAUUCAUUUUCUUGGUUUAUCACCCCUCCCUCUGUUGUAUUCUGUCCCCCACUAUUAAGCAGUUUUAUUUUUGGUUCCUUUAAAUAUUUAUUUUGACAGCAGUUCGUUGAUGUUAAGCUCUUGAACCUUGUAAUAUCUGUGUAGAUAUACUUGUCACUGUUUUCAUUUGUCCAUCACAGAUUCAAGCUUCCUUUUUAUUGACUAUAAAUCAUUAAAGUUAUUUGUGUUUCUGUA